AUGGUUUACUAUAUUGAGAUCCAAAUCGUUAUGGAUUCAUCGACAUUGCUAUUCAACCAGCUCAAGGCAGCGGAGCCAUUUUUCCUGUUAGCUGGCCCCAAUGUGAUUGAAUCAGAGGAUCACAUUCUUCAUAUGGCUAAGAAUAUCAAGGCCAUCGCUUCUAAGCUUGGGUUGCCAUUGGUUUUUAAGUCUAGCUUUGAUAAAGCUAAUAGGACAUCCUCUAAGUCGUUUCGAGGACCUGGCUUGGAGGAAGGCUUAAAGAUCCUUGAAAGGGUGAAGACAACAUAUGAUCUUCCUGUAGUCACUGAUGUGCACGAGUCAAUCCAGUGCGAAGCAGUUGGCAGGAUUGCUGACAUAAUUCAGAUUCCUGCUUUCUUGUGCCGGCAGACAGAUCUACUUGUUGCAGCUGCCAAGACUGGGAAAAUUAUUAAUAUCAAGAAAGGCCAAUUUUGUGCUCCUUCAGUUAUGUUAAAUUCUGCUGAAAAGAUUAGGUUGGCUGGAAAUCAAAAUGUUAUGGUUUGUGAGAGAGGAACAAUGUUUGGCUAUAAUGACUUGAUUGUUGAUCCCCGCAACUUCGAGUGGAUGAGGGAGGCUGAUUGUCCUGUUGUGGCCGAUAUAACACAUUCAUUACAACAACCUGCUGGGAAAAAGCUGGAAGGUGGUGGGGUAGCCAGUGGAGGUCUUCGCGAAUUGAUACCUUGCAUUGCCAGGACAGCAGUUGCUGUUGGGGUGGAUGGAAUUUUUAUGGAGGUGCACAAUGACCCUUUAAAAGCUCCAGUUGAUGGUCCAACUCAGUGGCCUCUUCGCCAUUUGGAGGAACUGCUGGAAGAGCUCAUGGCAAUUGCUAGGGCCAGCAAGGGGAAGCAACCCUUUCAAAUUGAUCUCACUCCGUUCAGUUCCUGA